GGAAUGUCAUAACAUAACCUAAAAUUGUCUAAUCGAAUCAUAAAAGCUGUAAAUAAAAGGAUAGGGACUAGGGCCCUAGAUAUUCGCUAAGUUACUUGCACACAUUUUCAAGGUUGUUGAUACAGUAAAUGAUAUAUAAUUAGGAAAGUAAACUUAAAGUUAUAAUGUCAAACAUCGUUCAAUAUGUUUUGCUUCGGAGCGAUCUAUUAAAAGAACUUGGAUGGUCCAUAGGAGCUUUAGUUGCCCAAGCAUGUCAUGCGUCAACAGCAGUUCUUCAUUUGUACAAAGAUGACGAACAUACUCUGCAGUAUAUGAAUGACCUGGACAACAUGCAUAAAGUAGUAUUGGAAGUACCAAACGAAGAGGCACUGAGAAAAAUUGAAACAAAGCUGAGUGAGAAUUCUAUAGCAUACAAGCUUUGGAUUGAACAGCCAGAGAAUAUUCCAACUUGUUUGGCUCUCAAGCCUUAUCCCAAAGAAGAUGUGAAAAAAUUUGUAGGAAAAUUUAAAUUGUACAAAGCUACUUUGAAAAAAACAGUAGAACAAAUGGUUAUAACCCAAAGUAUAGCUAAUAAAAAUGUUACCGGCCAAAGUCGAUUUAAAACCACCCUAGAUUUGGCUAAACUGGUUCGUCUUAUGACCGAUAGGAGAAACUAG